AUGAACCUCAUUAUAAUCAUAUUAUAUAGUUACCUAUUUUUAGGAGUUAGCAAUGGCAAUUUUCCUGAAUACAGCUUCACCAUUGUAGACCAGCUGAAUGCUGAAACACUUUCACAGGAGCAUAUUCAUGAUUAUGAUUAUAGUUACUCGAGGAAUUUUACAUAUAAACCGUAUUGGCCUUGUAAUUGUCAAUUGCUGAAAUCGACGGGCAUAGCUAUAAAGAUGAGAGAAUUCGACAAUACAAUAGGGGUAAUCAAAAAAUUGUUUGAGGUUCUAUACAAGUUAGCAACAAAAAGGCUUGAUGGCUUCAACUUUGAUUGUUAUACUACUAAUAUUUGGUCCAUCAGAAACCAAUGGCAAACUUCAAUAACAGGCUACACCACUUUUGAUACAUGUGCAAAUUUGCCAAACGAAAAAGACAUCAUUUGCGCAAUCGACAAUUAUGUGCUGAAAGAGUUAAAUACCAACGAACAAGAGUAUCUCUGUAUCCAUUUUGAUUCCAAUGAUGGCUGGUUUGUUGAGGUUAAAAUGCGAAAUGUGAAUUACGCACUUUUCGAGAACUAUCGCAGUAUACACGGCUAUAAAUGUGUCCCAGAUGAUAAAAUAUAUUAUAUUUAUGAAAAAACUGCUCCAUUUGCAGGAGCAACAAUGAAAUGA